AUGGAGAAUUGCAAAACAAAGACGGAGUUACGACUGCUACAUUCAUUGAACAAGUUUAUAGCACUUUUAGCGCAUCUGGAGUCACCUUCGCAAAGCAAGAAUGCCGGCAGUAAGAAACUGGUAGCGAACUAUCUGCGUCUGAACCUUUUGUCGCCGCUGAGGCAGCUGCAGGCCGUCCCAAACGGUGUCAAACCUCUGGAUAUAAAGGAAAGGGAAUUGCUCGUGCAAUGGUGGAUAACGCUGCUCAACUUUCUCAACAGCGACUACCGCGGCUUGGAGCAAGAAGUGACCACGCCGCUGCUUGGCAUUGAGGUGUGUUCGGUAGCGCUCGAGUGUAUAAGUCGCAUAAUGCCCCUCGUGGGUCUAGCUGCCACAUCCAAGGGGGAUUUGGACGUUUUCGCCUACCAUACGCUACUCGUCGUUCAUUUUGUUACCAACAGGCUCAUUUUCAACACGAAAAGAUGCAAGUCACUUAUGUCAAACAAACAAAUGGCUCCCUCGUAUGUCAAGCAGCAACUUCAAUACCACAAUCAGUACAACACACUCCUGAACUCAUUUACAGGCAAGCUGAUAGCUUACGCUUUUUUCUACCUUGAUGCAGAAUUCCGCUAUGACUUUCAAGUUCUGAAUUUCCUGGAACCCGGGGUUUGCCCCGUAGAACACGCAUUCCUUGCAUUUCCCUGGAAGACCAAAGACUUCAAACCGAGAUAUCAGAGGACUCACAAAGAUUCACCAGAUACACUGACCGAUCAGGAUAAGAAGAUUUUCCAGGUCAUGAUUUCUUAUUUGAAAAAUGACACCAUCUUCGUAGCCUUCUAUUGGCAUUAUUGGCAUAUAGUCUUGAGUUUAUUUGCAGCUCAUAAUUUGAAGACAAUCGAUACGAAAGCAAUUCCUGGUUGUAGGAUUCUAAUUCGUUACAUUAGCAAAAACCUCGACAGCGACCUAUCAGCGUUUACUCGAUUCAUCAAAUCCCAAGAAAACGACAACUUUCAGCACACCCGACCUAAUGGACAUGUUACGCCUGUCACAGGCGAGCAAUUGAACAACUUUGUCUUCGUCAACUUCAAAACAAUAAAACUCUGGGAAUGCGUCAGGACGCUCGUCGGUUGUGUCCACCCAGCCAUGCCCGAACUUCUCUGUAACUUUGUUGAGCUCCAUGAUACUCUCCAGCUCAAAAGAUUUGCCAGGAUACCUGCCCAUGAUUAUCAGCUGGGUAAUCUGAUCUAUAACAAGCUCCUGCAGUUCAUUGUAUUCCAGUUCAAUUCGAUGACACCUUAUUUAGUGGCUCUUGAUUGGCGGAAGUGGUCUGAGGGACUUACACGCAUGCUGAAAACAUUGAAUGUCAACUGUCAAAGCGUCGCUUUAUUGUCGUUGUUCAAUAUAUGGGACUUUAUACCCACAGAGGAAGGUUUGAGAGCCGAGAUCGCGAAUUUGCUUGUAAUGAAUAUGUGGAAUCAUUUAGCUCGAGAUACUUGCUUUGAAGUUAUAAGAAUUUUGUUUUUCAAAAUAGUGGUAUUCCGGCUAUUAAGCGAUACGUCUAGCGACAAUAGUUUGACGAAAAACCACCUAGUAAAAAAACUGCAAGAGACAUAUAAGCAAGCAUUGACCAUCGCUGAUAGAAUGCCCGAUCGAAAGUUUCGUGAAUCAUCAAAGGAUGCUCUUAUUUUUCACAUCAACAGAAAAUUGAUACUUUCGAAGGUUGAUGCGGUGAGUGAAGAGGAUAUUAUUAGCAAUAAUGAAAGCAAAGGAACCGACAACAAAAAUUUGGACAAGAGGAAGCAGCUGCCUAUACCCUCUGUUCUCACCGCUGCAAGUGUAAGACCUUGUGUCAUAAUAUCAAGAGGUAGAUAUCCGUUUGAUAUCUUGGAUGAAAUGGUUUUGAAGGCCACUAAAAAGGCUGCGAAACAGCAAGGAAAUAACUCACAUUCAGACCUCAAGGUUUCCAGGCGAUUUAUGAAAGGCAGCUCUAGUAGUAAAGUCUUAAAUGAAUCGCUGGUCGAUGAUAAUGAUAAUGACGACAACGAUGAUGAUGAUGACGACAAAUCUGUAGCCCGUACCUUUGGGUCCUUUUUUUCUAAGUUUGGGAGCUCGAGCACAAAGACAUCUAAGAAAGCUAAAGCGUUGCUGUCUGAACGAUUUGCAAGGAAUUCAAAUUAUGACAAGCAGGGGAAUCGCUCGGAGAGUUUCUCUAGCUCUGAUGUAAAACUUGAUAGCGAGUCAAUCGAUAUCAUGUCGAUGUAUACUUCCCUGUCCACAGGCUCUUCUUUGUCGAUGAACAAAAGCGAGUCAUCUCUAGAGCUGCGUACGGAACACUCCAAUCUCUCUAUAGACUCUUCGACGAGGCGGAGAGCUGCUACUAUAGAGGGCUCGAAUGAAACCUUGCCACAGCAGCCUCAAAAGAAGAAAAAGCUGCUAGCCCCACCAGAACUAAAAUUUUCUGGAGACAUCAAUGGCCAAACCAACAUCAAAUGGUUGUUCCGCCUUGUAACGGCCCCCAUUUCAGGCUCUACCACCUCAACUCUGUCAAAAGUUCAACAAGCGAACGACCGCUGGGGGAUCGUCAAUGCCAAGAACUACGCUAAACCAUUGCCCCCGCCGUUUGAUAAUUUCGAUAACACUUUAGAUGGAGGUGUUGAUGUCUCUCCCUUGACUGCAAGUAUAAAUGAUAUUAAUCUUUCAGAAGGCAUGAUUUCAGCUUCAAGAGAGGGUUUUCGUGAAAACAACUUAGGAUCGACUCCAGGUGGCGUGCCGCUUCCUGAUAUUACUAUUCUGACACCGAAUGUAUGGGACAGCGUCUGUACUGAUGACUUUGACGACCAUACGCUAACAUCUGCUAAAAGUAUCAAAAAAAGAGAGGAAAACUUCGAAUUUCAAAGUUCAGAGAGUGAAUUCAGUGCAAGUUUCGCGGAAAGAAAUGUGUUGACAAUGCGGCAUGAGACUGAGCUCAACAAGAUGGUCAAACUGAUAAGUGUGUUCAAUGAAACAGCAGCCGAACGAACAAAUUUUACUGACAUGGUCCAUAGCGCAGAUGAAAGAAUAUUGAUGGAUUCUGAAAUAAGCAGUUUUCGAAGCUCUCAAAAUGUUACCAAGAAUACGGUAAAUGCUCAAAUUGAGUACUUAUAA